UGUGUGUCUUUGUGGUUCAGGUUGUUUGGUGUAACAGGAAACUGCGCAGCCUGCAGCAAGCUAAUUCCAGCCUUUGAGAUGGUGAUGAGGGCAAAAGAAAAUGUCUAUCACCUGGACUGCUUUGCAUGCCAGCUCUGCAAUCAAAGGUUUUGUGUGGGAGACAAAUUUUUCCUGAAGAACAACAUGAUUCUCUGCCAGACUGAUUAUGAGGAGGGACUGAUGAAGGAGGGCUAUGCUCCACAAGUCCGCUGAUGGUCCAAUCAGGGGAGGAGGAAGAGCAGAAGUGAAAUGAAGAGACUGAAGGAGAGCAUGCAAUCACACAACAAAAUGCACUAUUGCCUCCUGUCCAGGUUCUGUACCCAACAUGUACAUAAACUGGGACUCACUCCACUGUACAGAAUGGCCAUAAAGACAAUGUGGCAAAAAAAAAAAGAAAAAAAAAGCUGGUGUAAAUUCACGUUUGUAUAUUUCAUUAUUUCUCUCUGACGGAUGCUGGCUCUCUUUACCUGACAAAGAAUAAACUAACUUUGCCCUGAGA